GUUUAUAUUUUAAUAACCUAACAUUCUAAAUAAUACCUACAUAAAAUACAUAAUAUUAUUAUUACAUUCAUAAUAUUAGUGUACUAGUUAAGUCUAACAUUCUGAUAUACGGGUACAUGAUUUUUUUGAAAAUUAAAUUUAUUUAAAAAAGUAUUUUGUGGUACUAUGAAGGUGUCUGUAGAACAAGUGUAUACAUCUGUCGCCUGUAACCGCAAACCUGAAGUGGUAGACUGGAAUUACGAAGGGAUAAUUUGUUACGGUGCCUGUAAUGCUGUUGUUGUUUGUGAUCCGAAUGAAAAAACUAAAGAUAGAGUAACAGUACUGAGUCACCAUACAGGACACGUAAACUCUGUAAAAUGGAUACACAAUCACAAUGGCCAAACAACAGAGUUGCUCUCUUGCUCAGUUGAUAAGACUGCUGUCAUCUGGACAUUACAAAACGGUCGCUGGAAUGUCACCAGUAUUCUCAAGGGACAUACAGAAGGAGUUACCAAUAUAUAUGGAAAUUACCAUGGAGACCGACUUACUGUUUACACUGCAUCCACUGAUUCUACCAUUAAAGUUUGGGAAAGAAUAGAAGGUACGGUAACGCUCAAGCAAAGUAUAUCUCUACAUUCUGGUUUAUGUCUCACCCUUCACGCGCAAAUACUACCAUGCGCAAAUAAACCGCUAUUGCUUUGUGCACUGGAUGACCACAAAAUACAUAUAUUCGUCGGUGAGGACUAUCACAGAGCGCAUACUCUGGUUGGACACGAAGACUGGGUUAGGGGACUUGACGUGUUGGAAGUUGAUAACGACACAAUUAUCGUAGCGUCGGCUUCUCAAGAUACAUACAUCCGUCUGUGGAGGAUACAAAAGGUCAAAGCCCAACCGGAGUCCAAACUGAUUAAGGUUGAGGAAAAAGUGUUCCAUGCAUAUGACAAUCUUUGGUCUGUGAAACUUGAGGCAGUGCUUGCCGGUCAUGAAGCCUGGGUCUAUGGGGUACAAUGGCAUCCUUAUAGUUUUGAUGGUCCUACUAAAAAGCCGGUAUACCGUCUCCUGUCAUCAUCACUGGACAAAACCCUGAUUAUUUGGGAGCCAGACUCCAGUAGUACAGACGAAGGUGUCUGGGUAGAGAAGGUCAGGGUGGGCGAAGUGGGAGGCGGAGGCUUGGGUUUCUACGGGAGCCGUUUUGGACCAGAAGGUAUGUCCUUCUUGGGACAUGGUUACAAUGGCUCUUUUCACAUUUGGACUUUUGAUAAGGAAAGUGAGCAGUGGUCCCCGAGCGUGGUGUGCGGCGGACACUUCAUGUCGGUGGAGGACGUCGCCUGGGAGCCGCGCCAGGGCCGCUACCUGCUCAGCGUCUCCGCAGACCAGACUACGAGACUCCACGCCCCGGUCCGGAGGAGCGAUGGGUCCGUGGCUUGGCACGAGCUGGCCCGGCCGCAGAUCCACGGCUACGACAUGUCGGCCGUAGCCCCCCUCACCGCCACCACCUUCGCGUCCGCCGCCGAGGAGAAGGUUAUCAGGGUCUUCACAGCACCGCACAACUUCAUCAGCAAUUUCAAGAACCUCGUGGGAGAAGUCCUCGUCGCAGAUAACGAGAAAGGUCCGGAGGGCGCUUCGGUCCCCUCGCUGGGCUUGUCCAACAAGGCCGUGUUCAUAGAGGAGCAGGACGGCUCAGGCGCCGGUGACGACGGCGACGGCGACGGCUACUUCGCGCCCGUCGAUAUGAAAGAGCCGCCCACUGAGGAAACGUUGGUCCAGAACACGCUGUGGCCGGAACUGCAGAAGCUGUACGGGCACGGCGGGGAGGUGUUCGCGCUGCACGCCGCGCCCGACGGGACCCUGCUCGCCUCCGCCGCCCGGGCCACCGACGCCGUGCACGCCGCGCUCGUGCUGUGGGAAACCUCGAAAUGGCAGCAAAUACAGAAGAUAGAGUCGCACACGCUGACAAUAACGCAGCUCGCGUUCUCGCCGGACAGUCAGAAGCUAUUGUCCGUGUCCCGGGACCGGCGGUGGACGCUGUACCGUCGGCUGCCGGGGUCUAGCAGGUUCGAGGUGGCCGCCACCAGCGACAAGAGCAACGGCGUUCACUCCAGGAUCGUGUGGUGCUGUGCGUGGGCUCCCGACGCGCGAUUGUUCGCCACCGGCUCCAGAGAUGGCAAGGUCUGUUUGUGGGCGAAAUCAGAUACGUGCACCGACACGUCGCUAAAGGAGUACGCGCUGCACGGGAGCCCCCUGGAGGCCGGCGCCUCCGUGACGGCGCUGGCGUGCACGGGGCGCGGGGAGCGCUGCGUGCUGGCCGUGGGGCUGGAGACGGGCGCCGUCGACAUAUACAGGGCAGACGACUGGCGCCUCCUGCACCGCAUGGACCACAGCUCGGCGCAUCACCUGACCGUGAAGAGGUUAACAUUUAAUCCAAAAUAUGAGGGUAGCGAUGAAACGUUGUUGGCGAGUGCGGGCGCCGAUCACGUCGUGAGGAUACAUCGCCUCAAAAUAACUUAUUAAUAAAUAUUUUUA